AUGAAGCUCUGCUCAUCCUCUCCGUUACAUCUCCGGCGACCCUUCUGCUCACUCUUCUCCGCUUAUUUCUCUACAGAAAUUAACCCCCCGCCACCGUCUCUACCGCCUCGUUUUCUGUACUUGCAAUCUGUACUCGAUCAAAUCAAACUUCUGUCCAGAAACCCCAACAAUUAUUCUUCUCUAACCACUCUAGAUUCAUUACUAGCCAAAACUCAUUUGUUAGAUUCUGCAACAUCUCUCGUUUUAAUCGAUUAUCUAUCCCAGAUAAAGAAGCUUGGCAGGAGCAAAACAAUGAUUUCACGUUUGAAAUCAAGAGGAAGUGUAAGUGAUCCCUUUUUAUACGGUUUAGUGUUUGAUUUUUUAGUUGAAGAUGGUACUAUUAAUGAUGUUGAGAACGUAUGGGCAGAAGUUGGUGGCUCAGUGAAAAGCUUUAAUUUCUCAAAUUACGUGAUUUUAGUGUGUAAAUUUGGUGGGGUUGAUGAAAUUAAGGAUGUUUAUGAGAGAAUUUUAAUGGGCGUUGCGAGUGUUUUGGACAGACAAAGCUAUGUUGCUUUAUCUGGGGCUUUAUGUAAUGUGAAUGAGGGAUUAUUAGCUAAAAAUAUUGUGAAGGAAAUGUAUGAAAGGGGUAUGGCAGUUGAUGGUUGGACAUACUUCUUGCUGUUCCAAUGUUUCUGUAGAAAUGGGGAUUUUGAUGAAGCUGAUCUGGUAUUGAGGAAACUUGUUAAAAAUGGAUUCAUCAUUGAUAUAUGUAUAUAUGGAAGCUUUCUCCAUGGUCUUUGUAAAUCGGGCAAACUUCGUGAAGCCAAUAAGUUGUUCCAAAAGUUAAUAAAACGGAGUCCUGUGAGAGGUUCUAAUGAGAGAGGUGUGGUGUUGAAGGAGGGGAGAAGAGCAAUCUUUCAAUUGAAUUGUGAGGGUGUUGUUCCAGAAAUGAUGGCCUACGAAUCUUAUUUUCGUGCUCUGUGUAACGCGGGAAAGCUUGAUGAGGCAGAAAUUUUGUUCAAGAAGAUGAUGAAGGGUAGAAUCUUGCCUGAGAUUUGUGUUUAUGGUUCAUUCAUAAAAGCGCUUAUUCGAGCUGGUAGGGAUAAGGAUGCUAUAAAGUUCUUUAAUGUUCAGAAGAAGAAGGGGUUGGUUCGAGUUGAUGAGAUAGGUAGACAUGUAAUUAUGGGGUUAUGUGAAAAGGGAAAAGCUGAUGAUGCUUUGAGGCUGUUUGAAGAGAUUGUUAUGGUUAACGGUUUUGUCAAUAGUUCAAACGUUUGUAAUUCUAUUUUGCAAAGUUAUUGGAAAGAAAGUAGGGUGGCCAAGGCCGAGCUCUUUUUUGAGAGAUGGCAGUUGCACAAAUAUAACUAUGGGAGACCUGAUGUAGUGACUUACACAAUCAUGUUAAAUGGAUAUUGCAGCCAUAAUGAUGUUUUAAAAGCACUUGUGGUGUUUGAAGAGAUGUUGAAGAGCAAAAUGGUGGUCAAUGGGGCAUUGUAUGAGAGACUUAUAAGAGGAUUAUGUGAUUCUGGACGGGUAAAUGAAGCCUUUCAAUACUUGAAUGACAUGAUUGAGAAUGGGCAUUUCCUUUUCUGCAAGAGAUGGCGAGCACUCUUCCGAUCAAUCCUGAGCAUUCAUGGUUUGAUUAAUCUUGAGGCUGUACAGAUGCAAUGA